CGCUGCCGCCGAUUCUCCUCCCAACCUCCGCCCUCCUCCGUCGUCGUUAACCCACCCAUUCUCAAAUCUCACUUUCAUCAAUCUCUCAUCUCGUCAUCUCCGUCCUUCGUCUUGUUAAAUUCUGAGAUUUCAAACCCAAAUUUCCCCUAAAAAAACCCCAAUUUCUCACACUUCCCAAAUCUCAAAUUUCACACACAAACACACAAUGAAUUGCGUUAUAAAAACCUCGAAACCAUCCUUCUCAUGUUCUGAUCCAAUACCCAAAAAGGGUUCUUCUUCAAUCGUAUCAAAGUUCCAGUCUUUACGUCCAAAACCCAUCAUUUUCAAUGUUAAACCAUCGUCAAUUUCAAUCACCCACAAAAAACCCAUUUACAUUUCACAAAUUCAAGAUUUUGGUGGGUCGAUUGGAAGGAGGAGUGAUGAGAUUGUGUGUAAUGCUUAUGAGGCUGAUCAUUCGCAGCCAUUGGAGAUCAAGAUGGACCUGCAAGUGGAUCAAUCUGAGAAGAUGAAAAUUGGGUUGUAUUUUGCAACCUGGUGGUCUUUGAAUGUGGUGUUUAACAUCUAUAACAAGAAGGUCUUGAAUGCUUUUCCAUUUCCAUGGCUGACAUCAACUCUUUCUUUGGCUGCUGGAUCUUUGAUUAUGUUGGUUUCAUGGGGUACUAAACUGGUUGAAGCUCCAAAGACUGAUGUUGAGUUUUGGAAAACUCUGUUUCCGGUCGCUUUAGCGCAUACGAUUGGACAUGUAGCUGCUACGAUCAGUAUGUCAAAAGUUGCAGUCUCGUUUACGCACAUUAUUAAAAGCAGCGAACCUGCUUUUAGUGUAUUCGUUUCGAAGUUCUUUCUUGGCGAGACGUUUCCCAUUGGCGUUUAUUUGUCACUUCUGCCAAUCAUUGGAGGUUGCGCGCUAUCUGCUUUUACCGAGCUUAACUUCAAUAUGACAGGGUUCAUGGGAGCAAUGAUAUCGAAUUUGGCAUUCGUGUUUCGAAAUAUAUUUUCGAAAAAAGGAAUGAAGGGCAAAUCGGUUAGCGGGAUGAACUACUAUGCGUGCUUGUCGAUGUUGUCGUUGUUGAUUUUAACCCCGUUCGCAAUCGCUAUGGAAGGCCCGCAAGUGUGGGAAGCCGGUUGGCAAACGGCGGUAACGCAAAUCGGGCCCAACUUCGUAUGGUGGGUGGUCGCACAAAGCGUGUUCUAUCACUUGUACAAUCAAGUAUCGUAUAUGUCUUUGGAUCAAAUAUCGCCUUUGACAUUUAGUGUCGGAAACACGAUGAAACGAAUUUCCGUUAUCGUGUCUUCGAUUAUCAUUUUUCGCACACCCGUCCAACCCGUUAACGCGCUUGGAGCCGCUAUUGCUAUCCUUGGAACUUUCAUUUAUUCCCAGGCAAAACCAUAAAACCGGUAUAGAAGUCGACGUGUUUUCAUGAGUAGCUUUCAAGACCAAAAGAGUCGUUUUUUCUAUCGAUUUAUGGAGUCGGAGUCGGAUUCAUGGCCUUCGACGUGGGUAAUUCAAAACAUAUCUUGAGGAAUAUAGGUCGUGGGCGGUUACAACAUUUAGAUAGCAAACCGAGAAAAACGCUCGUUUUGCAACGAAUGAGGUCGUUUACGUCUUUUUGUCAGUUCGAUGUUUUUUCUCGAUACGAAAUAAGAACAACUGCGACAAAUUUUUGGUUCGUUAUUUUCGCACACCAUCGGUAUUGAAUAACUUCAUAUAUCGUGAUAGAAAGAA